UUUCGGGCCGAGAGGGCGCGUGCGGCGCGGGCAGCCCAGGCCGCGGCCAUGAGUGAGGCAGAAGUGAACCCCAAAGCCUACCCGCUGGCUGAUGCGCAGCUCACCAAGACACUCCUGGAUCUUGUGCAGCAAUCCUGCAACUACAAGCAGCUACGCAAGGGAGCCAAUGAAGCCACGAAAACACUCAACAGAGGAAUAGCAGAAUUCAUUGUGAUGGCUGCAGAUGCUGAGCCCUUGGAGAUCAUCCUGCACCUCCCUCUUCUCUGUGAGGACAAGAACGUGCCCUACGUCUUCGUGCGCUCCAAGCAGGCCCUGGGCCGGGCCUGUGGCGUCUCCCGGCCCGUCAUUGCCUGCUCAAUCACCAUCAAGGAGGGAUCACAGCUGAAGCCUCAGAUCCAGUCUGUGCAGCAAGCUAUAGAAAGACUGUUGGUCUAAAUGCCCAUGAGUUUGUGGAAUACAAGCUGGAGUUGAGGAAAAUAAUAUGUAGCUGUAGUUGAUGCGGUGAUAGUUUUGAUACCAGUGUUUCAUUUCAAAAUAUCUUUUUUGUUUGUUUAAUAGUGACUUAACUCUGAAAGUGUUUCUGCCUCUUCUGCCCCUCUUUUUUUUUUUUCCUUCUGUCAACACAGUCAUUKUCAUUGUACCACUUCUUGAAAAGUGGCUGUACAGCUGUAUUUCUUGAUUGAUCUUUAAAAGAACAAAAAGACACCACCCCCYGUAUCUCCAUGUCUGCCUGCUCAGGGCUUUAACCUCCUCCUUAACUUCCUUUGUGCUGUGGUUUUCCGCCACAGAGCUGCAGCACACACUGUGCUGCAGGCAUCGCUUUGACAUGCAGGGUAGCCUGGGUAGGAGGCAGAGCAGCUACUGUGCAGUGUGCGUGRAUGGAGCCAGUACCCACAAGACAAGCUUUCGUUUCUCCUUGAGACCAGACAAGGGACUGCUUUGAGAGGGGUAGGGGRAGCAGAAACCUCAUGGCAACACACAAGGCAAAAUCUCUGAUCCUGCUUUUGUUUUUAAAUGCUGACUUUUUGGGAAGAAAUAAAAACACUGACAAAGAUGAAUACAGGAAUCUCCAUAGCUGUGAUACUCUGACAGCAGAUAUCUCCWACUGAAGUGUUAGCCCUUGCUAAGUUAAGCUGAUCAGACCCUGGCUAGAGGUUGCUGCAGGGCAGUAGUUCAUGCUCCUUCAGUUUCCUUUGUGUAGAGUGCAUCAAUGAGCUGCAAGGCUUGGGUUUCUACGAUAUUUCACUAAGUAAUAAAAUCCAUGGUGGCUUGUUUUGGCUCAUAUAAAGUAAAGAAUAGGUGACCACUACCUCUUGAAAGGAUGUGGUGUUUUUUUACAGAAGCUACUGCAAGCCAUAGCCAGCACAGUAGGAAAAACAGGUUUCUUUAUUCCCUCUCCAGCAGAAACACCUUGCAAUACGAGAAGAGAAUCAUAGAUAACCCUGUGUUCUSGAAAAGCAUGAAGCACCAUUAUCAUUUUAGACAUUCUUGAUGGCUUUAUGGGGGUAGCUUUGGUUAAAAACGUGCUACAUAGUAAAAUCCAGUUACUGUUCCAGCUGUAGAGUAAAAGAUUAUCUACACUGGAGGUCAGGCCAAACUCCCUUCUGUUGUAAGAAGUCAGGACUUUAGUGACUGAAGCUUCUACAGCCUCUGUCUCUCUCCCUCCAGGAUUACUUAGCUGCAUUUCAGGGCCU